AUGGGCAGUGAUUGGCCUCCUGAUGCACAUUUCUCUGAAGAAAAUGAAUUGUUAACACUCAAUCAAAUACUGUCAAUCAUUUUCUAUAGUCUCACUUUUAUUUUGGGAAUUCCAGGAAAUGGCUUAGUGAUCUGGAUUGCCGGUUUUAAGAUGAAGAAUGUCAACGCUGUGUGGUUUCUCAAUCUGGCAAUAGCUGAUUUCAUAUGCUGUAUAAUUCUGCCUUUGAAAAUUGCAGACUGGGCUAUGUAUUUAAAAGGAGAUUUUGCCUAUACAUUAUGUCAAGUCAGUACCGGUAUACUGUUUAUAACCAUGUGUGCUAGUGUAAAUUUUCUAGUCGCCAUGAGUAUUGAUCGCUGUGUAUCGAUAAUGUGGCCAAUUUGGUCUAAGAUUCACAUAACACCAAAAUGUGUCCGCAACUCUUCAGUAAUAAUUUGGUGUUUGAGUUUGAUCUUGAGUCUUCCUCAUGUGAUCUUUAACAAACUGUAUUUUGAUAUUUCAGAGUGUUCAGGUAAACUUGUCCUUGCUGUAUCUUCCUCUUAUAUUACCAAUAUGAAAAUCACCAGAUUGGUUACCAUGUUUGUGAUCCCUUUCACUUUCAUUAUAGUGUGUUAUUUGCUAAUAUUUUUCAAGCUUAUAAAAGUUAAAAGACCAAAUAAGUCUCAGCGUCCAUACAGGAUUAUCACAGCAGUUGUGAUGUGUUUCUUUAUCUGUAGGUUUCCAUAUUACACUUUGCCAUUAAUACCAAUACAUACCGCAUUUUUGGAGAGAGGUAAUACAGUGUAUGUAAUGUGUGUCUGCCUGGCUUACUUCAACAGUUGCAUUAAUCCCAUCCUCUAUGUCUUCAUUGGCCAAGACUUUAAAAAGAGUUUAAUGCAUUCAAUACCAUCCAGGCUGGAAAGCGCUCUCACCGAGACCUCUCAGCUGUCUCAGAAAAGAGAGUUCUAGUAGAGUUUUAUCCAAUAGGAAAGAUUAAAAUACACCCAACUCACUGUUAUGUUACACAUUCACCAUUUCAAAUGAAAGGGAAAAUAAAUCCCCAAGUAGAUCUUCUUGUAUUGUACAGAAGGAUGAACAAAAGGGAAAUGUGAAAAUAAAGCAAAGUAUUUAUGGUAUAAUUCAGGAUGAUACAGUAUGAACAAGACAGUAUACUAAACUUACAGGUACCAGAAGGUGGAAACUCCUUGAAACUAUAUAGAAAGCAUGCACAUGAGCUACCAUGGGUAUCUGAAUCAUAUUAUUGAUAGGUAUCUCUAGUUUACAAGAUUUAAUG